AAAAUGCUUUAAAAUAAAAAUGUUUAUGUGAUUUAAUGUGUGAAUUACCAAGCAAUGUGUAUUUUUGAGCUGAGUGAAUAGUUUUUGAUUCAAUAUGAGUAACAUUUACAUUCAAGAACCGCCUGCUUUGGGCAAGGUGUUACUGAAAACAAGUGGUGGAGAAAUCGAUAUAGAAUUAUGGACAAAAGAGGCCCCAAAAGCUUGCAGGAACUUUAUCCAGUUGUGUAUGGAAGGAUAUUACAAUGGUACUAUAUUCCACAGAGUGGUGCCUGGUUUUAUAGUGCAAGGUGGUGACCCGAAUGGUGAUGGCACUGGCGGAGAUUCUAUCUAUGGUGUACCAUUCAAGGAUGAGUUCCACUCUCGCCUUCGAUUCAAUCGUCGCGGUUUGGUGGCAAUGGCAAACGCAGGCAAAGAUGACAACGGGUCACAAUUCUUCUUCACUCUAGCUGCCACUCCUGAGCUGCAGAACAAGCACACCAUCUUUGGAAAGGUCACUGGCGAAACAAUUUACAACGUCCUCAAAUUAGCCGAGGGUUUAAUAGGACCAGAUGAUCGUCCAGACCAUCCUCACAAAAUAACAAGUACCACUGUACUUAUUAACCCGUUCACUGAUAUUGUGCCAAGAGUGGCUGAGAGGGUUGCUGAAGAGCCUGUUAAGAAAAAGAAGAAAGAACGGCAGGGUGUUAAAAAUUUCGGUCUGCUGUCAUUCGGUGAAGAAGCGGAAGAAGACGAGGGUGAAGCCCUGGAAUACAGAUCCAAACCAAAAUCAUCACACGACCUGCUGGAAGAUCCUAGGCUUAGUAAAAAGACUGCUGCAGAACUAGAACAAGAGGAAGAAUCCCAAAAAGCAGGACUAUCAGACUCUGAAAUUCAAAAGAGAAAAGAAGAAACAGCGUCAGCUGUGAACAGCAUCAGGGAUAAACUCAAAAAGAGAGACAAGAGUGUUGAAAAAGAAGGAGAUAGUCCUGAGAGUAAAAGACGAAAGAGUGAAAACGAUGAAGACGGCGAUGACGGUGAAUAUUAUAUUGGAAAGGAGAGAGACAUACAAAGGCAGAAAGAGAGAGACCGUAUUCGCAAUGAAAUUAAACAACUCAAGAAGGAGAUGAAAGGAUCUAAACAAGAAUCAGAAAAAGACAAGCAAGACAUUCCACAGAAAGACAACAAGUUAGAAGAGGACAACGAGAUGUACAAACAGUAUAUAGAAGAGCAGGACAAGUAUAGGAAGAUGAAGGAGAAGCUACCAAAGAAGGGAGCUGCUAGAGAAAACUUCACUCUUGAACUCCUGGAGAAGUUCAAGAGUAAACUUCACGCUAUCAAAGAGAAGACUCAGACUGGAGACCCGGAGACUAGUAAAGCGGCUGGUGAGGAGACCAGCACAAGUGAAGAUAUCAAGGACGAUGACAAUCUAAAUACUGACGAGUGGUUGGGCCAUACUCUCCGCUUCGAAGAGAAGGGCGCUGUGCUGGCAAAGGACGCCUCGACGAAGGGAGACGACUGGUUUGAUAUCUACGACCCAAGGAACCCUAUUAAUAAGAGGAAGAGAGAGAACUCUGAUAAGAAAACUAAAAAAUAAAUAGUUUUUUUUCAA